UCUCCACUUCCUGUUUCCGGUUGUAGAGCUCUGCUGAAAAGACGUUUCAACGCCGCUGCGCUCAAAACGUACAAGAAGAUCUAAUUCAGCAGGCGGAACACCGAAUCCGUUAUAGUCUAAUAACUCAAGAUGCCUGUAGCAGUUGGUCCGUACGGCCAGACGCAGCCGAGCUGCUUUGACCGGGUCAAGAUGGGCUUCAUGAUGGGCUUUGCCGUAGGAAUGGCAGCCGGCGCCAUGUUUGGCACGUUCUCCUGCCUCAGGGUCGGCAUGCGGGGCAGGGAGCUGAUGGGAGGAGUCGGGAAGACCAUGAUGCAGAGUGGAGGAACGUUUGGGACCUUCAUGGCCAUCGGCAUGGGCAUCCGCUGCUGAGGAGCCGCCUCCACCACCCUCCUACAGUUCCUCCUACAGUUCCUCCUACAGUUCCUCCUACAGUUCUACAGCCGUGGGACUUUGUAAACACCCGCCUGUGUCCGGUCAUGUGCCCACCUUCCACUUUAGUUUUGUCAAUAAAAUGUCAGACUUUG